AAUUUAAUACAAAAAAUUGAUUAAAUAAAGAAACACUCAAUACCUAAAAACAUUUAAAGAGUUAUAAUUAAAAAUAUGAGUUUAGAAAAUUAACAAGCUCAAAAGGACUAAUAAAAUUAAGAUUCAAAUGAAGAAAAAAAACUUCUCAGUUCACUUAAUGAUGUUUAAAUUGUCAACCAAUAAUAAGAAUAAGAUAGUUCUAAAUUGGAUCAAUCUAUUGAUGUAGGACAAAGCGUUGAUUAAGGAGUUAGGAAUGAAAACGGUUACUAGGAAGUUAUCGGAUCUGAAACAAGUCUCUAUGACCCUCAAAACAAAUUAAAUAUAAACUAAGAAGAAAAAAAGGCUGAAAGAACUUGCUUUUUUUCAAGAUUUAAAAAUUUUGUCAAAAAAAUAUUUUGCAGGUCUAACUGCAAGAGGAUUGAAGACAAGUUUAGCUAAAAUUAACUUAUAUUUAGUAUCUUUUUAAGAGGAGGAGCUGCAUACUAUAUGAUCAAAAAAAGACAAGUUUUAAUGAAGAGAUUAGAAAAGUCUCUUGCUGACGAAAAAACUUUAAUAAAUAUUAGUUCAAAUUUAAGUAAAACACCAAAACUUUAUUUUGAUAACUCAAGUGUAGGCUAAAGUACACUUAUGCAAGGAACAUUUACUUCUAGACACAUCAAGACUAAAAUACCUAUAAAUAUUGGCUAACAAGGUUAUGAUUAUUCUAAAAUUACAGACUCUUCAUCAGCUCCAUCAAUAAGAAAAGUUAUUUUAUAAACUGAUAAAUUUGAAAAUUAGGCUGUCCCAAUACCUUUGUAAUCAAAAGAAAACUUGAUCACUUCAGCAUUUGCAGGAUUGACCUACUAUUUAUCAUCUAAUAUCUUUUAGGUCAAGUUUAAAUUAGACGAUUUGAACUAUUUAAAUAACACUUUUUACUUUUUUGGAAAAAAGAACUCAAAUAACAUUAUGGAUGUAGAAAAGGUUUUCUUAAAAAUAGAUUGGUUAAAGAUAAAAUCAGAUUAAAGAGCAUUAAAAUUAUGUGCUUUGCUUGCUUCAUCAAUAGCAGUAUUCUUCACUUACAAAGCAAUAGUAUCAACAGUUGUUUUAGCCAAAAAAAAGAAAUCCUUUUUCUCAAAAUUAUUAUAAGAAAUAAAAGAAUAUUUUUAACUUUGA